UGGGGCCGGCCCCACCAGGGAGUGUGUCUGGAGGCCGCCCCGCUGCCCUUCAGGAGCCUGCGGGACGCCCAGGAGCCGCAGCCGGGGGAUGGAGACAGCGGGAGCCGGCAGCCGCUGUGGCUGGUGCUGGAGCACAUCCAGGAUCCCAUGAACCUGGGGGCCCUGCUGCGCUCCGCGUACUUCCUGGGGGUGGACAGAGUGGUGGCGACCCACAGCAACAGCUGCCCCUUGACUCCCGUAGUGAGCAAAGCCAGCGCUGGAGCCAUGGAGGUCUUCGAUGUUUACAGCACAGAUGAUCUGCAGGGCUUUUUGAAGGCUAAAAUUGCAGAAGGCUGGGAAGUGGUGGGAACAGUCAGCAGGCCUGAGGAUGUGGAAGAUGUUCCUGUCAUCAGCUGCUCGGAAUUCCGGUGGGACAAACCCGUUAUUGUAGUGAUAGGGAGUGAAGGGGAGGGCCUUUCCCUGGAGACUCAGCUGCAGUGCCAGCGCAUGCUGGCCAUCCCCCCGGGCAGGGCACUGCACCCUGGCAUCGACUCCCUCAACGUCUCUGUGGCUGCAGGUAUCCUCCUGCACUCCAUCUGCAGCCGGAGACCAGGGCAUGGAGAUUGAAAUCCUCUGUUUGGUGGAGGAAUCUGCUCAGGGUGGAUAUGGAAAUGCUCUUCCCAGGGUCUCCACCAUCACUGUGAGUUCCAGAGAGAGCCCCAGUGACCUGAGCUGCAUUUUGGCUGCUGCAGAAGCCACCAGAUCCCUGACUAAACACCUGAUGUCCUGGGAAACACCUGGGAGGAGCAGCUGUGGGAAGGCAGACAGGUCUGGGAGCAGCCAGUUUUGGCAGGAAGACACCCAGGGAUGGCUGCCAGCACCGUGCUUUGUGCAUCCCUUGAACCCUGGGGACAGUUUGGGUGACGGUGCCACUGAAAGUGCCCUGUGCCCUCUCCUGGGCAGCAGCUGCUGAGUGCCAGCUGAGCUGGGGAACCACUGGAGCUGGUUUUUCUGUAUUUGUUUUUAAAGCAGGUGUGCAGCCCUGCCAAGGGCUGGCAAACAGCUGCAGUGGGGGGAAAUGCAGCCCGUGGAAAUAAAGCUUUUGUAAAGAUUGGU